AUGGCAAAACUAGCAAAGAAAAUAAAGAAAAGCGAUCCUGCUCCAGAUGGAUAUUCCAAGAUAGAACCUACUUUAAAGAAGCUCCAGGCUAGAAUGAAGGAAGCUCAAACUAGUUCUGGAGUUCUGGACAAAACAAAGAGCAAGACACAACUGUUAUGGAUCAUCUACCAGCUCAAUCAUCAGAUCUCGCGUUACGUAUAUGACAUGUACUACAAGAAGAAGCUCAUAUCUCGAGAACUAUACGAUUGGUUAUUGUUACAGAGCUAUGUAAAUUCUGAGCUCAUAGCGAAAUGGAAGAAACAGGGCUAUGAAAAGUUAUGCUGUGUUCAUUGCAUUUUGGUCCUGGACAAGAACCACAAGAACCCGUGUAUCUGUCGUGUGCCCAAAGCCAAAUUGCUAGAGAAUAACGAAAGUGAAGACAAGAUCAAGAAUUUGCAGUGUGUCACAUGUGGAUGUCGGGGAUGUGCCAGUACGGAUUAG